UUCCAACAUCCAGCUUCCCGGAUGACGAAUGACGUCAACGAGCCAUCUUUGUUCCUCUAAUCCAAGCGUCUAUUUUUUAUGUGUAGGAUACAUAGUGACACCGAGGAGACUCGCGCUCACUAUAAUAAAGGGACAUUUACGAGGCGCGGCACAGACAACGCGUCAAACAAGCUUUCGCGCGAAGAAAAAAAGGGGGGCAAAAUAAAUAUAAUCCUCACCGGCUGAGAACUCGGACGCUUUUGAAAUAACAAGUGAAGAAAUUGGUAAAGGAGAAAACGCCUAAGGCUGUCCAUCCAACCAUUCAGACAUACAUUCCUGUUGGACUUCCAUACACAUAAACCACACAAAAAAUGUCUGCUCCAGCCCCAGCCGGUGGCGCUGCCCCAGAAGGAGCGAAUCAGCCUCCCAACCUCACCAGCAAUCGCCGUCUGCAGCAGACACAGGCUCAGGUCGAUGAGGUGGUGGACAUUAUGCGUGUGAACGUCGAUAAGGUCCUGGAGAGGGACCAGAAGCUCUCAGAGCUGGACGACCGUGCUGAUGCUCUUCAGGCUGGGGCCUCACAGUUUGAAACCAGUGCUGCCAAGCUCAAGAAUAAGUACUGGUGGAAAAAUGCCAAGAUGAUGAUAAUCUUGGGAGUGAUAGGGGUCAUCAUCCUCAUCGUUAUCAUUGUCUACUUCAGCUCUUAAGAAGGGCGGCUCCUACCCCAGGCUGCACUCCAGACCUCCCGAUUUCCAGAAGAUUCUAUGGAGAAAGAAAGAGAAGAGAGAUGAGGAUAAAAUGACUACUACUACCACCACCACUUCUACUACCACCACUACAACUAAUCCCCCUGAAGAAUUUGAAAAUUGCCCCACCUACCUGGCCCCCCGACCCCUACGCCUCCACUGCCUCACAUUUGGACCUUCGUCAAUCUUCGUUCUGUGAGCGUGUGGCCAUGUAUCCUCUGUAAAUAUAACUUGCUUUUCUUAUAUAUUGUUCAUACUCCAACUCCAGUAGCUCUGGUUAUUAUGCCAAUGGCAACAAUGUGGAGAAAAAAAAAGAGAAAAAGACCCCGCCCGGCAAUUAUUGCUGUACACCAGAUGUGAUACAUAUAUAUAGAUAUAUAUUGUUCUUUGUAGAGUUUUAUUCUGAUAUAAUGUUUUUUGUAGGUUGUGUGUGCGUGGGUGUGCAUUUGUAUUUUUUUUUUUUUUUUCUAUUCAUUUACUUAAUGCUUCUAACCGGAACUACUGCCUAUUGUUCAAAGUCUGUAUAACUUGCACGUUCUUUAUUUUUUCUGUUUUUCUCUGUAACUUGCAGAGUCUAAGUGUAUCAUUGCACAUGGGGAGUAGCCUCCCUUGGAAGAGGAAUUUGAGCAUUCAGCAUUCACAUGUUUUUCGCUACUCUCUCUUUCUCUUGCCUGUGCAUAUCUUCUUCUCUACCAUUGUUUCUGCCAGCAAUUCUGUCUUUUUUUUCUUUCUUUCUUUCAUUCUUUCAGCCAUGCUCUUAAUCUUACUCUUUUUAUGAACUGCCACAGUAGAGCUGGACCAAUGUCUGUAGACUUGAUUUGUUUUUUUAAUGUCUUUAGUGUCUUAUCUCUUAAACAUUCCUUCAUAGCAGUGUAGUAAUAUACUGUCUAUAUUGCUAAACACACAAUAUGUGUGUCCAGAUAUUUUUAAAUAAAUAGGCUUACAGAAGUUAACUUCUAUACUAUCGCCAAAAUACAGAGUAGUGAAAGCCAGGAGCAGGGAUGGUUAAGGCAAAAAUAUAAACCAAGACAAUUGGUUAAUGUCUUGUAUUAUUUGCAGAAUUGUAUCUAUUCUCUCAUAAUGUAGCACAAACAUGAGAGUUACCAACAAACAUGUAUAUUGCCGCAUUAUAACCAAUGCUCUAGUGCUCUGUAGAUGUUUAAAUAUAAAAAAAUAGACUAUUUAUGUGAGGUAAAUUUUUUUAAGUAAGUUGCUGUCUUUAUCUCACAACUGGGCUAGCUCGUAUUGCUUACUGCCAGUGGAUUUCCAUUUUCUACAUUUUUUAUGUUGGGGGGGGGGGUUGUUAUCAUGCACAAUAUCCUUGUUUUUGACAGCGCUUUCUGACUGGUUUGAUUCAGUGACUGUCAGAUUCAGACUGAGAAAGAACCUUGUGCAGCUCCCAUCUAGCAGGCCUUUAGGAACUCAUGCUCUAUUGCUAAUUGAACCAGGUUACUGCACCAGGAUGCCCACACAAAUUACCCAGGCACGCUCAUGGGAAGGACAACCCCAAAAUGGCUAAAAUUUGUUCUUAUGACUUUCCUAUUGGUGUCUAGCAAGGAUAUUAUAAACGACUCAAAAGCACACUUACCACUGGGUCCUUAUAUGCUACUGCCGUAUAUGCUGGUACAAGCCUGUUGCUAUUGCCAUGGUUCUCUCUCUGUUUCUUGUUUCUAUUAUUCUCUCUAGAUACUGCCUUUUUCUUUUUUUACUUAGAGACAGAUUAUAUUUGUAUAUUAAAUAUAUUUUUGUGUGUAAGAAGCGGACAGGGCGGGGGGCGGCUUCAUUCAGGACUCAGCGCUGCCUCUGCAGCAACCACUGUGCCCCUGCCCUAUCUGUCUUUAUGUCUGUCAGUCAGUUAAAGCGCUGUAGAUUAUACACUGCCAAGCAACUAGGGAGAUUCGAUCUUCUGUUCUGAUCUGCUGUCUUACUUUCUUGUUGUUUAUUCUGUGCCCUUACCGGUUUGCUCUUAGUGGUUUGCUCUUGCGCGUGCUCCAUCCCCUCUCCUAUUGGGAUCCAUUUCUCUCCCUAAUGACUUAAGCUGUCUGCCUUGAAUGAAUCAAUGAGAAGGUGUGAAGCUCAGCCUGAUCGGAUUUAAGACUUAGGCGUUUGUCUCACCCAUGAGAAGACCUCAAUCCUUAGAGAAGAUGGGGAAGCCAUAUUGUAAUGUUUUGCGAUGUCUUGCAUGGCCAGUUUAUUCGGUGUGUCCUUGUACAUGUACCUGUGUGUCUCUUAGGUGUAUGUUUGUUUGUUUGUUUGUGCGUAUGUGUGUGUAUGUGUGUUGUUGGUGAACUUCUGGCCCCUUGCAGAAUAUCCCUGGUUUAUCCCCAUAGAUUAGGCCGUUUAAAAUUGAGGUGAGGGCAAGCUGCCCCAAUUACAGUCACUCAAGGACUAAGAGGGAGAGCUGGCUGUUAGGUGUGACAGAGAGGAAAGUGUGAGACUGUCGUCAGUGCUCAGGUGUGCACCUCUGUCACAAAAAAGGCUUUUUGUGCUCCUUCAAAAGCUUUCAUUGGUUCACACAAUGCAGACAGAGGAGGUAUGUCUGAGAGAACAUGUUGAGACAACUUACCUGAACUCAAGUCAAUGUGUUUCUCUGGGAUAUUCACCCUUUAACUCAUCAUUUCAAAUAUGACUCUCUCUUUGAUUAAAACAAGAGAUGGCCUUAGAACAUUUCAUUUGUCAUCAUCAUCAUCACACUUCCCUUGUCAUACCUAAUCCCACCCUGAAAACAGAGCAAAACUAAUUCACAAGUAAAUUACCAAAGACCGCAUUGUCUUGCUUAUGCUGCCAACUGCCAAUGAAGAUGAAUUGAGAGACGACACACACGCAUUUGCCCCCAAGUUAGCGAGAUAGAAGAUGUACCUCAUGUUACAAAGAGCUCACCCCUAUUGUCAAUCACCUGUAAGAUGUGGCAUUUGAACUUUUUCUGUGACUUUAGGUACAUGGUAGGCAGUAGGAAAACGGGGGAGGUGUGUGCAUUUAUCCUGAACAUUGAGGGAAAAAAAGAAAACUAAAUGAGCUUCAGAGACCCUGUCUUCACUCUCCCUCUGGUUGUGGUGUAUCCCUUUGGCCUGAUGCUCUCCACGACCAAUAAUAGCACAACUGUUCCUUUUUUGUCUGUCUCUGUUAUGCUGACAAGAAAACAAAACAUGGACGAAAAGCUUCUGAAGUAUAGCUGUUAGAAAAUACUGUUAAAAAAAAUAACAAAAAAAUCUACCGUAUAUUGUGUGGUGUUGUAGUGUGGAGGUGUACCUUGGAGAAAGGGGGGUCCUAUGUUAUCUGGUAGAAACAUUUUAAAAAGCAAAUAUAUAUUUAAAAUCAAAUGGAGAUUCAACACCAGUGAUAAAUGAAAAAAGGCAAAUUAAGACAAACCCCUGAUAACGAGACAAGCAGAUAUCAGGCCAUCUGCAGUCCAGGUCCAAACACACUGAGGGGGUGGGUGUAAUUUAAGACCAUUUUAUGGGGGUAGGACUUCAACAUAAUGGACAAAUCAUUUGAGGCAAAUUUAUAGAGUGCUCAACAAAUUGUAAAGGUCAUAAAAAGAAGACUAAUAAAACUUGAUGUUUGUGUAUUUUUUUAUUUAUUUAUUUAUUAUUUUGUUGUGGGAGUGGGCUGUUGCAUCUUUUUAUGUAUAAUUUUCAUUUCCUUUACUGAAGGUUUUAAAUAGGUGGAGGGGAAUAGUUAACUAGGAUCAUUUUCAAAUGCCAACUUGUAAGACCUGCUCAAUGUUUUCAAAUUAGGAGGGAACCUAAGAAGACUUAGAGCUCUCAUGGGUUGGCUGUACAUUCAAAAAUGAUCUUCUUGUCAGGAACUUUACUUUUUGAUUAAACCAUUGUGUACUUUACUUCAAAGAAAAAUUAGCUAUGGCUUAACAGUGUCGCAAAAUGGCACAAGCUAGUUUGUGUUUUGGUUGGAGGAGGGAGAUAGCUGUUUUUUUUUUUUAUUAUUAUUAUUCAGUUAGUUGGAAUACCUGAAAUGAGACAAUGUAAUAAACAAAAAAAAGCAAAGCCCAUCCACUUAAAGGUUAGAGUGUUGGAACAUUGUGGAGUGUUGUCAUCUGCCCUAUCACAUUGUUACUGUCAUUUUUAAGUAAGUGAGUUUGAACAGUGGAAAACGGAGAGUAAUGAUGCCAAGAUAGUGGAGGACAGAGGACAGUUGAUUGAAGCUGGAAAGAGGCAGGUGGAGCUUUUCCACAUCCUGGGUAUCUAUCAUGCUGAGCAAUGUCCAGAAUGUCAAGGAAGGCAUUGAACUGAGAGCCAUAUUUGCUGUAUUGAUGUAACAAUGUAUCGAUUUAUUUUUUUGUUUUGUUUUAUUUUUUCUUCAUUUCAGUUAGGGGGGAAUACACAGGCAAAGUUCUUAAGGCCAACAUUACGCUUGUUCAUCUUGCCUUAUAGGAGGGACAAGGUGGGAUGGCCACUUGUAAUGUUAUCCUCCUUUAUAUACAUUAAUUUAUUUGCAUAUUUAUUGUGUCUUCGUUUCCAAUGGAUUGACAGAAUGGAUUACAAUGAGACAGAUGACCAUUUGAGAACCAGACAUACAUAAACCAGUUGUAGAGUAAACCUGUCAAUGUCUUAUUAUAUUGAUGAACAUCAUGGGAAAUAUAUAUAAAUAUAUAUAUAUUGGACAAAUUAAUAAUUAUAAUGACCUGUGUUUAUUGUUCGGAGUUAGAAAAUCAAAAUGUGUGUGUGUUUGAAAACAAU